CAGAAAGUCAAUGCUUGUAAGUACACAAACAAUACAACAUGGGAUACACGAGCAGGACAACCUAGAAAUCUCAUUGAAAUCCAUCGAUCAACACAAUCGGAGACAAAAAACAACAAGCGAACCAGGAAGACGACGAAACAACAGCAAGCGGCAGCAAACGACAACUAACACCACACAACACCACAAACAACCCAAACGCACACACACCACACAGCAUGUCCGAUGCCAUUUCCGUCCUUAGGGGCUGGUCGAACUCCGGCAAGCUGUCGGAGGUGGCCUUUUCCGACGAGGGAAAACUGCGGCUGGGGGAAACCGCGAGCCUAACGGCCUCGGAAACGGUGGAGGUGGCGGUCGGCGGGGGCAAGACCUGCCGCUACACGGUGGGGUCGAUCUUCCUGCAGCUCGUGGACGUGAACCAGUCCCUGCUGGCCUACCGAAAGGCCUGCAAGAAGCACAAGGUGAAGGACGCGGUCAAGGCCAUCGACAAGGCCGAGCUCAUUGCCUUUUUCAAGGGAGGGGCCGGGCCAAAGCCGGCGGUCCCCGAGCACGCACGCGAGGGAGCAGCCCCGGUGUCUUCCUCCAAGCCGGCGCCCCCUCCCCCCCGGCCGGAGGGGGACCGGGGCCGGGACCGCCAUUCCAACCGCGAGGACAAGAAGCGGCACCGAUCGAGCAGCGAGCGGGAACGGGAACGGGACAGGCACCGGAGCAGCAAGAAGCGGGAGCUCUCGUCGUCGAGGUCGUCCUCCCGCCAGCCCGAGCGCAAGGAAAAGGCCCACAAGCCGAUCGAUCCCGAGAUGCUCUUUUCCAACCUCUCGGUGGUGGUCGGCAAGCGGGAGAUCAAGGCCAAGAGGGACGCCGAGCAGGCCAAGCUGCACGCGGCGCUCUCCACCGAGGGCUUUGGGACGGUCGCCAAGGAGCUGAUCGCCGAGUUCCGCAGCAAGCACUCGAUGGCCCACGAAAUCCCCGUGGGAGACUCGGCCUCGAUCCUCAAGGCGGGGGCCGGGAAGGACCUCUCGCGCAUCCUCAAGCUGUACUCGGAGACCAUGGAGAAGAAGAGCGCCCCCGGCCGGAAGCCUACCUCCGGGAGCUCCAGGGCGAAGGGCUUCUCGGACGGCCAGAAGCGGUCCUGGCGUCCGUACCUGGUGGACAAGAAGCCCAUCAUCGUGUUGCCCAAGGGAAUGACCGCCCCCAUCACCCUGGUCAACGCCCACAAGUUCUUUGCCGAGUCCCAGUUCGUCAGCCGGACCGUUAUGCAGAAGGAGCUCCGCACCAAGCGGCAGGCCCCCAAGACGCACUUCGAGCGGCAGGUCAACGCCCGCUUCGGGGGCGGGACCGUCCAGUACGAGCUCAUGGACAACCCCCGGUCGAAGCUCCACCGGCCCGAGGACUGGGAGCGCGUCGUGGCCGUUCUGGCCCUGGGCCAGUCCUGGCAGAUGAAGGACUGGCCGGGGCCCUACUCGAACCCCGUCCAGCUCUUCCACCGGGUCUUUGGCUUUUACGUCGGGAUGGAGGGAGACAACGUCCCCAAGGAGCUCCAGGGGUGGUCGGUCACGCAGACCCGGGUGAGCCGCGACAAGCGCGGCCUGGACAGCGUCACCUACGCGAGCUUCUGGAACGCCCUCGACGAGUGGAUGGCCAUCCACAAGCCGGAGCUGCUCCCGCAGCCGAACGAGUAAGCGGCGACGAGCUUUGCGGUGCCCUUCGUUGCGAAUACUACUAUACUAGAAUACUAUACGAAUUGCCACAUCCUAAACCAAACCAUAAACCAGACACGGAACA